AUGACGUGUAACGAGCAACCAUGUGUAGAAAAUCAAAAUUCAAGAUUGUUUUUUAUGGAUGGACCAGGCGGUAGUGGCAAAACUUUUACAUAUAAUUAUUUGAUUGCUGAAAUGAGCAGUAAGGGUGUUAAAUCUGCUACAGCUGCAUGGACUGGCAUAGCAGCAACUCUUUUUACAAACGGAUCUACGCUGCACGGGUUAUUUAAACUUCCUGUCCCAAUACUGGAUAACAGCACAUGUAAUGUGACUCCUAACUCUAUUCAUGGACAAAUUUUAAGGCAAGUUAGUUUGUUUAUGCUUGACGAGACAUCCAUGAUUCCCAAACACGCUUUAAAUGCAAUGGAUCGAUUGUUAAAAGAUGUUUGCAAAAACAACUUUCCAUUUGGAGGAAAAGUCAUUCUUUUUGGUGGUGACUUUAGGCAAAUUUUGCCUGUUGUGAAAAGAGGGAGACCAGCUGAAGUUGUAGAAUCAUGUAUAAAAUGUUCUUUACAGUGGCAAUGGGUGCAGAAGUUUACAUUAACUCAAAAUAUGAGAGUACGUGAUGGAGAAGGAGAUUUUUCCGAAUGGCUGUUAAAACUUGGUAGUGGAACAAUACCUGGCAAGGAGGAAGAUCCUUUUAAGGGAUGUAUUGAAAUACCGCAACAGUGCAUUAUUAGAGAAAACGAAUCAAUUGUUGAUAAAAAAUUUAGAGAUGCUCAACAAGAUGAUUAUGCUAAACGUGUCAUUUUAACACCCACCAAUGUGGAUUCAUUGUCAAUCAAUGAAGAAGUGCUUGAACGUCUACAUGGAGAGGUCAAAACUUAUUUAAGUGCUGAUCAAAUAGACACUGAUGAUCUUAAUGAAAUAAAUAAUUUCCCUGUUGAGUUUUUGAACAGCCUAACUACUUCAGGUAUGCCUACUCAUUGUUUAAAGUUGAAAAUUGGUUGUGUAAUUAUGCUACUUAAAAAUUUAGAUCUUAAAGCUGGGCUGUGUAAUGGAACCCGAAUGAAAGUUUGUGCUCUCCAAAACAAUUAUAUUGAUGCAGAGGUUUUGACAGGUGUUUCUGAAGGUAAACGUGUAUUUGUUCCUCGAAUUCAGUUGGCUCCAUCAGAUUCUAAUUUACCUUUUGUUCUAAAACGUCGUCAGUCUCCUGUCAGAUUAGCUUAUUCGAUGACAAUCAAUAAAAGUCAAGGUCAAACAUUUGAUAGAGUUGGGAUAUAUCUAAAAAAACCGUGUUUUUUCCAUGGUCAACUAUAUGUUGCAUCUAAAAAAAUGGAUUUAAGACUAGAUUGA